CAACAUGGUAGUCACGAGCUGAGGGACAGGAGCUUAUACAAAACUUUUACAGCAUAUCACCGGGUUUAGAGGCUUCUGGACGAAAACAAGCGACUUGAUUUCAGUUUUUCCCACCAGAUAUUGAGGGAAUAAAAGAUGCUGACGCCUCUUUCUGCUUUUCAGACUCGGUUAGCUGACAUUAUGGAAACAUUGGCCAAGACGGCGGUGUUGGAGAUCAACAAACUUGUGGAGCUGGAGUGUAAAAUCCUCCUGUCUGAGGUCAGCCGGGGUCAAAACGAGAUCGACUUCCUGAGGAAAAGACUGCAGCUGAUGGAGAAACACAUGCCAGCAAAUAAUACAACACAGAACCAGGAGGUUGGAAGCACUGGAACAUCAGGACUGCUUACAUCAGUACAGGGGAACAGCUCCAGAACAGAGAGCCACAGGUCUAGAACAGCAAACAUCUCCAGAACAGAGAGCCACAACUACAGAACAGAUGAUAACAGCCCCAUAACUGAGAACCACAGCUCCAGAACAGAGAACCACUGUUCUAGAACAGCAAGCAUCUCCAGAACAGAUGAUAACAGCUCCAGAACAGAGAACCACAGGUCUAGAACAGCAAACAUCUCCAGAACAGAGAGCCACAGCUACAGAACAGAUGAUAACAGGUCCAGAACAGAGAACCACUGGUCUAGAACAGCAAACAUCUCCAGAACAGAUGAUAACAGCCCCAUAACUGAGAACCACAGGUCUAGAACAGCAAACAUCUCCAGAACAGAGAGCCACAGCUACAGAACAGAUGAUAACAGCUCCAGAACAGAGAACCACUGGUCUAGAACAGCAAACAUCUCCAGAACAGAUGAUAACAGCCCCAGAACUGAGAACCACUGGUCUAGAACAGCAAACAUCUCCAGAACAGAUGAUAACAGCCCCAGAACUGAGAACCACAGCUCCAGAACAGAGAACUACAGCUUUAGAACAGCAAACAUCUCCAGAACAGAUGAUAACAGCCCCAGAACUGAGAACCAGUCUCACAUUAAAAGAGAGAGUGAGCUGGAAGAGUUCAGUGGAAGUGAUGCUGCUUUGGUCGACACCCCUGUGUCCACUGAACAGGACCAGGUUGAUAUGAGAGAGAAACAACACGACUGUCAUCUGCAGCAGCAGCAUGGAGAAAAACAGAUUACUGAAGUCAAGAUUAAGCAGGAGGGGUUCUGGGAUGCCGAAUUAGGACGAGAGAAGACGAUUGAGGGCGUACACAGCUCUGAAGAAACAUCCACCAGACAUGUCAGUGAUGAAUCUGCUGACAGACGAACUCAGGCUAUGAAUCUUUCAUUUUCAGCUCAUCCACAGGACAGAAGAUUAUUUGAAAAUAAUUUACACGGCCCUGAAGGACCUGCUUUAAUAUUGCAAUCGAGCUCAGACCCUGAAAGCACGCACACUUAUCUCGUACCAAAGCCCAUGAGGAAACGUGUGGUCUCCAGGUUCCAGGAGGAGAAGCGCUUUGCGUGUCCGCUCUGUGCAAAGUGCUUCCGGUGUUUCAGCCAGCUGGAAAUCCACAAACGGAGUCACACGGGUGAGAAGCCGUACAGGUGCACGCUGUGCGGUAAGAGGUACGCUCAGAAAGGUCACUUGUACACACACCAGCGCACGCACACUGGAGAGAAGCCGUACCGCUGCAUGCACUGCAGCAAAGCUUUCAUCCAGAAGUGCUCUCUGGACAUGCACCAGAGAACUCACACCGGAGAGAAACCCUUUAUCUGUGUCAAGUGUGGGAAAGGCUUUACAAAGAAAUUCAAUCUGAACAAACAUCUGGCUGUGCAUUCAGACGCCACAUGUGGCUUCACUGAGCUGAACGUCAGAACCGUGAACGGACCUGGGCUCCGUUCAUCAAGAUCUGCUUUGUCAGUGCUAUUAUUAGUAGUAGGUGUAGUAGUGUUGUUAUUAAUAAUAAUAAAGAUGGUGGAGACCAUGGUGAGCGACUCCCAUUUUCAGAGCCAGUUAGCGUCCAUAAUGGAAAUGCUGGCGAAAACGGCUGUGCUGGAAAUCAGCAAACUGGUGGAGGAGAGUCAUGCGGUGUUCAGGAGAGAGAUUUCCCGCAGGAUCUCAGAAAACCAGGGUCUGAAGAAGAAGUGCGAUUUGUUAGAGAGCGAGCUGAAGGCGAGCAGGAGGAGCGCGCAGGAGGGACAUGCUGAGGGACAAGCAGACAGAGCGCCCUGUAAUGUCCCAAAUAAAGAAGCUGGACAUCGUCCCACCAUCGACGGCGUGUUUGGGAAGGAGUGGUGCAUGGAUCUGUGGAGGGACAAGGAGUCCAGUGCAGUACAGAAGCACGAGAGCCCUGUGGAGCCGUCUGUGAUCGAGUCUAUUGAUCUGAUGGAAGAUGAUGGACCCGACAUGAUCAUCAUCAAAGACGAGACGUUUGACGACGGCCCGGGCAAAAGCAAGUCACAAGUGACCUCGAGGAGCAGCGACAAAGACCCUGGGUUCUCGGGAGCGGAACAGGACGUGGCUCAGAAAAGUGAGGAAUUCGUCCCCUACACUGCAGAGUUAGACGGCACGUCGCCAGGAGGACGCACGGCCGAGCAGACAUUUGACAUCAGAUCAGACCCGAGACCGUCUGCCCUCGGAGACGCCGCCACGUCGUCCAAUGCGAGCUCAGAGGAGUUCGGCGGACUCUUUCCUGCUAACAGGCACGCGAACGCUCAGAAGAACGUCACCUCCGGCUCGGAGCAGAAGAAGUUUGGAUGCGUGUUUUGCGGGAAGAACUUUAACUACUUAAGCUAUUUAAAAGUGCACUUACGGACGCACUCCGGAGAAAAACCCUUCAGCUGUACGGUGUGCGGCAAGCGCUUCGCCCAGAAGACAUACCUCAAAAUCCAUAUGCGCACUCACUCCGGAGAGAGACCCUACACGUGCACGGAGUGUGCCAAGAGCUUUUCGCAGAAGAGUUCACUAAAUAUACACCUUCGCAGCCACACCGGAGAGAAACCGUACAGUUGCGUGGACUGCGGGAAACGCUAUGCGUAUAAACACGGCUUCAACAUCCACCAGUGCAACAGCUAAACCUAAACAUAACACUCAGCUACCAGUUUAGGCAAACCAAGGUGUGGUUAUUGACUGCUUAAAUUUAUUGCCCCCCCCCCACCUUGUCCCUCUUUAUUAAGGUACAAAUGCUCACCACAUGUUAUUUGGGUGGCGUACAUUCUUAGCACAGUAUGAACACUGACACGGAUGUGUGUAUGUGGUGCUGGUAUGAGUGUAUCAGGUACAGCAGCGGGUUUUUAAACACCCUAAGGGAAUCUAAUGUGAAAAAUGCUUAAUGGGAUUUGAUAAACCUUGACAACUUUUUUCCUUUAACUUUAAGGGAUGAAAACAGUAGAGUCUUCAAUGUCGGCGUGUUAGAAGAAUCCAGAAACACUUUCCUCCAUAGGAAAGCCUUCAUAACAGAGGUUUAUGCACCAUAGUUUCUCAUUAAUGUUAGAAUGUGUGGGUUUUUUUUGUCUUAUUAACUUCGAGAGAGAGAGAUAAACGAGAGGCUGGUGAGGGAACGACUGUUAUAACAGAAGCAAUAACAAGAACUAACUCAUUUUACAGACAUUCCACAAUAUUAAACUCAACUACAUACGGAUAAAAAAAGUAUGUGUUGUUCAAAGUAAUCGGUGAAAACAUUCAUAAAAGGGAAUAAAACACUUGUGUGCUGUGAUUGGAAAAGUUUUCAUUUCAAAGUGGGAAGAGUAACUCCGAACCUGUCCAUCACACCGAACCUGGUGCUGAUUAUUUUCCUAUAGACCCCUCGUGUAUGAUGUCACGCAUCAUGUGAUAAUUUCUCCUGGGGGACAACCAGACCUCGUCUUUCCUGUAAACAAGGCUUAAUCAGUCUUAAAGGUGCAAUAUGUAAGAUUUCGGGGUAUCUGUUAGCAGAAAUGAAAUAUAGUAUUCAUAAUUAUGUUUUCGUUAGUGUACAGUCACCUGUAACUAUGAAUCAUAGUGUUUUCAUACUGUAUGCUUACAACGAGUCCUGCAUACUGUAUCUACAUAAGGAGCGGGUUCUCUUCUAAGCAGCCUGCCAUUUUGCGCCACCGUGUUUCUACAGUAGUCCAGAAUGGACAAAUCAAGCACUGGUUCUAGAGAGCACAUUUCACAUUUCAUGUUUUUACAAGUGGCAGCUUGAAUCCAGCACCGGAACGAAGAUGAAGAAGAAGAAAGGAAGAAGAUUGAUUGAAGUGUGGCGGCACGGUGGUGUAGUGGUUAGCGCUGUCGCCUCACAGCAAGAAGGUCCGGGUUCGAGCCCCGUGGCCGGCGAGGGCCUUUCUGUGCGGAGUUUGCAUGUUCUCCCCGUGUCCGCGUGGGUUUCCUCCGGGUGCUCCGGUUUCCCCCCCAGUCCAAAGACAUGCAGGUUAGGUUAACUGGUGACUCUAAAUUGACCGUAGGUGUGAAUGUGAGUGUGAAUGGUUGUCUGUG